AUGAUUCUCGAAUUGUCCCCCGUCACCGGGGGCGCUGCCCUCCUUCUCCAGGCCAGUGCUCUUCUUUCUUUGGCCUUGCUUUUGUUGUCUAGGGUGUCGGGCCGUGGACGUAACCGUUUGAUACCCGGGGUUUAUGUGACGGGUCUGAACGGUGGCAAAGUUCCUCUUUCGCAGGCUCGCCAAAACUUCAUCCACGGCUGCGCCGACCUUAUGCUCGAGGGCUAUCAGAAGACAAAGGGGGGACUAUUCUACGUCCCAUCGCCAGCCGGGGAGCGCUUGAUGAUUCCCACCAAAUAUCUGGAUGAACUCAAGAAUGCCGCGAACGAGGAGGUCGACUUCACCGCCAGCUUCUCGGAGAUGUUUGAAGGAAAAUAUACCACCAUUGGGCAAAAAUGGCAUUUACAUCCGAAUGUCGUCAAACAGUCCCUGAAUACAUCCCUUGGUAUGGUUAUCCCUGCUGCUGCUGCUGCUGAGAGUAGCGAUUAUUUCUAUGCAACCUCUCACAAUCGCGCUAAUAGAGCUGAUUAUGCCCGAUAUUGGCAACCGGUCCGGAUGGCCGACAUCUUCACCCAGAUUAUCUCACGAGCAUCGAAUCGCAUGUUGGGGGGUAAAGCCCUCAGCCGAAACCGAAACUGGACGGAUACGUCCAUAAACUUCACCACUGAUACGUGGUUGGCCUCGCAGCAACUCAAACGGUAUCCGGCAUGGCUCCGACCCAUCCUUCAACACGUCUUGCCUGAGAUGAGUCGGGUGCGCCGUCACUUCACCGUCGCCCGCCAAUUCAUCUGUCCAAUUGUGCAGGAGCGGUCUGAAUCUGAGAAAGGCACCAUAAAGCCUCUUGACCUCCUGCAGAUGCUCUGGGACGGCGCCGGGCCGGCUGAUCAGACUCCAGAAUUCAUGGCCUAUACUGCCCUGGCUAUCUCAUUUGCUGCCAUUCGCACUAGUUCCUCGGUGCCGACCCAUCUGCUCUACGAUCUGUGCGCCCAGCCGGAGUAUAUUGCGCCGCUGCGAGAAGAGAUCGAAUCAGUGCUUUGUGAGGAAGGGAGUCUUCUCACCAAAACCGCUCUGAGUAAACUGGUCAAGUUGGACAGCUUAAUGAAGGAAUCUCAGCGGUUCAAUCCCCUCUCUCUCCUCACCUUUGGUCGAGUCAUCCGGUCCGACCGUAUCCUCCAUGACGGACUAGUAGUUCCAAAGGACACGAUCAUCGGGGUGCCCGUCCACGCGAUCUCGCAAGAUGCCGAUUUCUACCCAUCACCCUCGACAUUUUCACCAUUUCGAUUCGUCCCCUCUACUCCUGGAGAGAAGACGGCCGGGUUUGUGACGACCAACGCAUCGUCAAGUCUGAGCUGGGGGUACGGGAAGCACGCAUGCUCUGGGCGCUUCUUCGCAGCCAACUAA